ACGAUUGUGACUGAUAAUGAUGAGAAAUCGAAGAUUCAACAAUCGUAUUUCGUGGUCAAGUCAUCUAUCACUUAUGAGCCUGUUGGUCUCAAAUGUUGAAACGAAAUCUCAGCUACACCACUGAACCAGCAACGGCCUUUGAGACUGGGCAGGGUGGCCAUUUGCAAGAUUUGAGGUGUGAGGUCAGCGUGUAUGUCAAUCUGGCGAAGGAAUGGAUGGGCAGAAUUGGGAAAUUAUGGGGUCAAAUGCAGGUUAUAAAUGGAAGUUGAUGUAGUUUAAAGGCUCAAUAACCAUGAUUAACUUUGGCUAAUUCAAAUUAAUUUAAUUAUGUAGGAGGGGAAAAGUGAGUGCUGGAUUUGCCUGCCCAUUACGCAAUGAUAACAGAAGAUUCCUAAUCAUCCCCUCCACUCUAUAGGAGACACCCAUUAUUGCACCCAACAAACCUCCUCUCCUCUCCUCAACCCUUUCCCUUUUCCCCACUACACACAUAAUCACAUCUCUUGAGAAACAACUAAAAGUUUUCCAUCACUAAUUAAAAGGAUUUCGAAUUCGUAGUAUCGACGUAAACACAUAUACUCAAAUUAUCAUAUGAUCGAGUACAACAAAAAACAACGAAUCAAAUCAGAUCAACGAAUAAUACAAUAAGAAGAACCUUCUUUAUCAUUUAUUAAUGUAAUUUGAUUGUACAGAGUUUUUAUUUAUUUACUUUAUCUUGUACAAAGCAAGUUUAGGGUAGCGAAUAUGUCUAGAAUAUAUACCUCUUAAUCUUAUGCAUAUGUUUUUUAUUGAGUCUUGAAAUAAAGAUUUAUUAAUUAUUUUCGUUUGCAAUUGCUUUAAGAAAAGGUGUCCAAUUGUUAAUGAUUACGGCUGACAAUUUAUAAUUCAAUGAGCACAACUGCAAAAGAAUGAUUGUUCUUCUUCUCCUCUCCUUUAUUUUCUUUUCUUAUCAAACAACAAAGAAUCAUUGUUUGAAAAAAAAAAUUACAAAUUCUCUAUGAGAUACGAAUAAUAGAAAAUGUCGACCCUAUAAAAAGGUACGACUUGUAAAAAAACCAAGAAUUGUAAGAUUAUACUGAAAAAUUACACUAAAAGGAAAAUUAGCGAUAAAAACCUAAUGCUGAAAUCACAAUUCAACCAUUCCAUACCUCUAAAAAUCGCCUACCAGUUCAAACUAUGACAGAUAGGAACCCAGUUACAAUACGAUUUCACAAACAGCUUUUUCCGAUUGGGAUAUUUUAAGUUAGAUAUUUGCUCCCCUUAUUGAGAGUUUCGCAUGUAAAAUCAAUAGUCCGCCCAUAUAAAUACCACAUCAAUCUCCAUCACCUUUUUUCCUCCUCCUCCUUCCCACCCACACACUACAUAGUCGUCUUCCUCCUCCUCGUCGCCGGCCGGUUCUUCCUCCGAUCAAUCCCCUCUCUUCUUUCCUUUCCACCUCCAAAACCGCCGUGGCCGGUCAACGACAAUGGAUCCGUCGCGGGCAACGGCCACUUCCGUCAACGGCUUCUACAACUUCAUGGCCAGAGGCCUCAACGACCUAGACCAAACCCUGAUCGCCAACUCGUCGCCGGCGGCGCCGGUGCUGACAUCAGCUCAGUUCCUCCAGAAAGUUCUCUCCUGCCUCCAAUCCUUCCACACGCAGCUCACCAUCCUUGUCCAGAAGCUCCACCUCCCCGUCGGCGACAAGUGGCUCGACGAGUACAUGGACGAGAGCUCCCGCCUCUGGGAAGCCUGCCACAUCAUCAAGUCCGGCCUCUCGGGGAUCGAGCCCUUCUACACCUCCGGCCUCAACGUCGCCGCCUCCUUCAACCCCCAGAUCUCCCGUCAGGUGAUCCGGGCGAUCGUAGGGUGCCAGAGGCAGAUGGCGGGGCUGGAGGAGGACAACAGGAGCCUGCUCGAGACGAGGAUCAGAGCGCUGACGAUCAACGUGGACCGACACCACCACCACCAUCAUCACCGCUACAACCAUCAACAGUCACGGAUGAGGAUGGAGUCGACGAGGAUGAGCAACGCGUUCAGCGGGUUUCGAGGAGUCCUGUACGCGAUGAGGAGAGCGACGUCGUUGCUGCUGGCGAUCCUGUUCGGCGGAUUGGUGUACUACUCGUGGCCCGAGUACUCGUCGAGCAGCUUCUUCGACCUCGAUCAGGACGAAGAAGGCUACUCGACCGCCUCGUCGUCCAGCCUCGUGGGAGCGAUGGCCAGGCUGCAUCAAAGGGUUGGAGAUGGGAUGAUGAUGAUGAUGAAUGGGAAUUUGAAUGGUAAUGGUGGGAUCGUGAUGAAGGAGUUUGGGGAGGCAAAGGAGGCAUUGGGGGAGCUUAAAGUGGAGCUCGAGAGGGUGGUGGAGUCAUCAUCGCCAUUGACGGAAGAAGAAGGAGUGGACGUUGGUGGGAUUGUUGGAGGGAAAGUGGAGAAAGUGGAGAGGAGUUUUGGGAAGCUGAGGAGUGGGGUGGAGGCCAUGAUUGGUGGGCUUGAUGAUUUCUUUGAUGAAAUAGUUGAAGGAAGGAAGAAGCUUUUGGAGAUUUGCAGCCAUAGGUAGGGUUUUUGUUUUGUUUUUUGAUUUGGUGUUGUUGUACCUAUUGAUCGAUCGAUGUAGUUUGUUGUGUUCGACUUUCUACUUUCUAAUAGCUACUAGUUAUUGCUCUUUUUCCAAUAGUUAUAAUUAGGGGACCCAUGUGUAGCCAUAGUGGGUAGCUAGUUAGCCUAGAAGAUAAUGAAAAUUUGGAACCCAAAAAAAAAAAGGAGAGAGAGAGAGAUUUAUUGCUAUAUAUUUGCCAUUUUGUAACACAUUUUCCUCUUUUUUUCUCUUUUAAGAGUUGUUAACUAGUUAAGUUUGAUGUGUUCACGGUCGUUUUCUAUAGGGAAAGUAACAUUUUGGUGGCAUUAGUAAGGGAGUAGUGGUAUGCAACCAUGCGUGAGCACUAAGCACAACUAUUUAAGUGAAUAUAGAAUGCAAUGUUUCUUUGAUGUGGACUGAAAUGUUGAUUGCGGAUCGAUUGGAAUAUAUGAUAUAUAUGCAUUUACGAAGUAGUGAUAUGAAUUGUGGUUAUAUCAAGUUGAAUAUGGAGCUAUAACUUGUAUAAGCUCGGAGUUCAAAAGGUCUAAAUUUUCCUUGAUUAAAGGUGAUUUCUCUGGUCUAAAGGAACGAUGUUGUAAACUUAGAACGUUUAUGAAAGUACAACACAUGAUCUAGUAUAAUUUGGGUAUCCGUAUAAUCCCCAAGGCAAAAUCAAGGAAUUAUCUUAGAAAAAAAUAUCGAACCAAGAACCAGUUUUUAUUGCUAUAUAUUUGCCAUUUUGUAACACAUUUUCCUUCUUUUACGGGUUGUUAACUAAAUUUUAUAUUUUCAUGGUUGUUUUCUAUAGGGAAAGUAACGUUUUGGUUUCAUUAGGAGUGAGUAGUGGUAUGCAACCAUGCGUAAGCACUAAGCACUAUAUAGAAUGUGGCGUUAUUGAUAAUAAAACCAAACUUGGGCAUGAUAAUAGAAAUUAUUUGUCGACUAUACCCGUCCGAUUCAAACCAAUUGUAAUAAGGUGAAAAUCAAACUCCGAUACAAUGUUAUAGUCGCGAUCUAGCGAUACGCGUCCAAAACAAAACAAAUUCUUAGAAAAUGAGAUAGAAUUCGUACAUUGUGGAAUUGGAGUUUGAAAAUUUUGCGUUCUUUUUUAUAUCGCUCACUCAUAUGUACGAUAUUUCUAUUGAAUUAGUUGGCGCUUGAUAUAUAAGGAUGGCAUUCAUUCUACUGUCAAGAACAAAGGAAAGGAUAUCAAUAUCAUUACUCAUGAAAAUGAUUGCUCUGGGGCAAGCUAGCUAGCUAGGCUACAGCUCAAGAAAACCAAAUAAUUUUCAUCAUUAAUUCUUUCACAGAGAACCCAAUAAAUAUCGGGAGAAAAGGAAACAAAGGUAAAGCUGCAUUAACAUAAUUUCAAAAAACAAAGAAGGCUGCAUUAACAUGAUUAUUAUUAUUCUUUGCCAGCUAGCCAUAUAAGAGUCUAGUGUGAUUUAAGAGAUAGAAGCCAAAAGAAAUUUCAACUUCGAAU